GUGCACCCUGUGCGUGCAUAUAGCCUGUUCGUUCGCCGAAAGAAUUGUUUAUAUUGGUGCUUUUUUUUAAAUAAAAGUUUAUUUAAGAGCUUCUGAAUAUUAGUAUACUUAAAUAAUGAAGCGUCACUUGCAUCUGGGCAUUAAACAGCUGACCGCCAGUUACAUCAAUGGACAAUUGUCUCCGCUGGUGGUGACGGAGCAAGCGCUGGCGGAGUCAAUUAACCUGAAGACCCUGAACGCAUUUGUGUGCGUUGCAGCCGAGCAGGCGCAGCAGCAGGCCAAGGAGUCUGUGCAACGGUAUGCGGAGCAGCGGCCGCUUGGUAGCUUAGAUGGUGUUACCGUAGCUAUUAAGGACAAUUUCUGUACCAGGAAUGUAGCCACAACUUGUGCGUCUCGCAUGUUAAAGGAUUUUAUACCGCCCUACGAUGCAACUGUUUGCGCCCGUUUAAGAGAAGCCGGCGCCGUUUUUCUGGGCAAGACGAACAUGGAUCAAUUUGCUAUGGGCGCCGGUACAGUGGACUCCAUAUAUGGGCCAACCAAGAAUAUUUGGAGUGAGUCCUUUAGUCAGGACAACUGGCGAAUAGCAGGUGGCAGUUCUGGUGGCUCUGCAUCAGCUGUUGCAGCUGGUUUGUGUUAUGCUGCAAUUGGCUCCGAUACGGGCGGUUCAACUCGAAAUCCCGCUUCUUAUUGUGGCGUGGUGGGUCUAAAGCCAACGUAUGGCCUUUGUUCUCGCUACGGUCUUAUACCACUUGUAAAUUCAAUGGAUGUACCCGGUAUAUUAACGCGAUCGGUUAGCGAUUGCGUUGAGGUGCUUAAUGCAAUAGCUGGACCUGAUGCAUUGGAUUCGACGACAAUACGACAACCAUACAAGAAACUAAAAUUGCCAGAACUAGAUCAAAUUGAUUUGCGGUGUCUGCGCAUUGGCAUACCCAAAGAAUACCAUUGCGAAGGACUUUCCGCCGAAGUACUCGAAACCUGGUCCAAGGUGGCGGAUCUGCUGGAGUGCGCAGGUGCCAGUGUACGACAGGUGUCAAUGCCUCACACUGCGGCCAGCAUAUUCGUGUACUCCAUACUAAAUCAAUGCGAGGUAGCCAGCAAUAUGGCGCGCUACGAUGGCAUCGAGUAUGGACACCGUGCAUCAGAUGAGCGAAGCACGGAACAGCUCUAUGCUCAGUCGCGAACUGAAGGCUUUAACCAGGUAGUCAAGACGCGCAUAUUAACGGGUAAUUUUCUGCUGUUGCGUAAAAACUAUGAUCAUUAUUUUGAAAAGGCAUUACGCGUGCGUCGUUUGAUUGCCGAAGAUUUUAAAAAAGUGUUUAAUCCACCCACAACCAACGAAAAGGUGGACAUAUUGUUAACGCCCACAACACUAAGCGAGGCGCCACUUUACAAGGACUUUGCCGCCCUUAGCAACCGCGAUCAGUGCGCUGUACAGGACUUUUGCACACAGCCUGCCAAUAUGGCAGGGAUCCCAGCUGUAUCGAUACCAAUACGAUUGUCCAAGUCCGGCUUGCCGCUUAGUCUGCAAUUAAUGAGUAAUAACUUGAAUGAACAGCUGCUACUUACAGUUGCUCGUUGGAUCGAGGGUCAGGUGGAAUUCGAUUGCCUAGAGAGUUUGCAGCGACAUACGGCAUGCGUGUGAACUUAAGUUAAUAAUAAGUUAUAAAUAUAAUUUUCAUCUAAAGCUUCU